AUGCAGGUACGCUCGUUGUUGUACUGCAUGGGGCCGGAGGCCCGCCCACUUCUUGAGACGUUCUCGCUCGACACCGCAUCACUCGCCUCAUUUCAAGCGGUUGCCGCCAGCUUCACCGACCACUUCGUGCAUCCGGCGAAUGAACUGUACGAGUCGUCGCGUUUUCACCGGCGUGUUCAGUUACCCGAUGAGAGCGUCGACGCCUACUACGCCGAACUGUGUAGAAUGGUGAAGCGGUGCAACUAUCCGUCAGCUGAGGUCGAGCAAAGGCUUGUACGCGAUAGAUUUGUCGUCGGCCUCCGCGACUCGCGCCUUUCGGACCAGCUUUGCCGGAACGCGAAGUUGACGCUCAUAGAAGCAUGGAUGCAGGCCCGUCAAUCAGAAGACGCCGACAAAGAAAAAACGUUGCCUAAAAACUGCGCAGAGCACUCCCGCGAGCUACACCUCGACGCCGUACGAGAUAAGAAGUUCGCCUCUCGCCGCCGCAACCACGAUAAGCGGCCUUCGCCCCCGCGGAAAGCAGAACGCUCCUGCCAGCCGUCAACAUGUGAAUUCUGCGGCCGCGCGCCACAUCCACGUUCUAACUGCCCUGCUCGAAACUCCGUCUGCAACUUCUGCAAAAAGAAAGGACACUUUGCAGAAGUGUGCCGUGCGCGGCAGGCAAAACAGAAGCUCGGCUGCAUUCAGCUACACGCUGUCGGGACGCUCGCCGCGGCGAAGUUCGUCGACAUCACUGUUGACAACUACACAGCGCAGUUCAAGGUCGAUUCCGGAGCCGAGGUGUCCGCCGUUCUGAGCGACUUCCCUGCAUUGCCGGCCAAGCUCGACCCCGUCAACAGCCUGCUCAGCGGAUCUGGCGGUCAGCCGCUGCGCGUGCUGGGUUCGUACAUGGCGAGACUUCGGUGGCACGGGAAAUUGAGCUCUCAGCGCUUGUACGUGAUCCAGUCUCUCACCGUACCUCUUCUUGGACUGCCGGCGCUUCAAGCUCUGGAAGUUGUAAAGUUUCUCGACGAACUUCAGACUCCGAAAGCAACAUUGCGUGCUGAGCUCUUCCAGGGAUUGGGCACCCUCAAGGACGAGUACACUAUCCUUCUGAGACCUGGCACUGCACCCUUCUCCCUAAGCGUGCUUCGCAGGAUUCCCAUCCCGCUACUCGGGGUCGUCCGUCACGAACUUGGCAAACUGAAGGAAGGAGGCGUGAUCCGCAGGGUUGACAACCCAACCCCGUGGUGCUCUGGCCUCGUUGUAGUACGGAAAGCCGAUGGUUCCUACCGGCUGUGCGUUGGCUUGACUCAGCUGAACAAGGUUGUCUUUCGGGAACGCUACAUCCUACCAACGGUAGAGCAAGUCCUUGGCCUCUUUGGCGACGCAACAAUUUUCUCCAAGCUAGAUGCAACAGCCAGUUUUCAUCAGGUUAAACUAUCUGCAGACUCCGAAGAGCUCACAAUGUUCAUCACCCCAUUUGGCUGA